ACUGUUUAACGCCAUAUCUCUCAAACCAUGACGUCAAGUACUGUGCUGUAUAUAAUAUAUGGAGUGAAACGUUUCACAUUUGGCUUUGAAUAUGCCAUUGAACUAUCUUAUUUUGUUAAGUAGUGACAUUUUAAAAUGAAAAAAAGGUUUCCAGGUCAACAAAACAUUAGCGUUAGUGUAUAUAAGUACGAAUACACUGACAGAGCAGUUUCACAUAAGGAGAAGUUCGGUAGUUAUCAAGUGCAUGAUGAUUAAAAUAGACACAUCAGCAAUUUAACCUCGUGAUGGCUAAACAGGAAGGAUCUAUAAUGCGUCCAGAAAUAUUAUUAUUAGAAGUCCUUCUGGUCAACUGUCUUAUAAUAAGUGCUUUUGGAAAUGAUGAACAACAUUACCAGUACUAUUCACCUCGUAUUGUGAUCAAGCAACAAGAAAAAGAGGGACCACCUAAUUAUGCUGAUGCCAUAUUCUACAAUGAACAACAUCACAAUCAAGAAUAUUCACCUAGCACCGGUCAACAAGAAGAUAUGGGUAUAUCUUCUACAAGCACACUCAAUGACUAUAAUGAAGAUUAUCAAAAAGAUAAUUCUCAAAGUGAGUCAAGUAUCAAAACUAUAAACCUAGAGUACAAAAACAAGCUUGAUAAUCAUCAUUCUUUAUAUUCUAAUGAUAAUGUUAAUCCUAAUAAUGGUGUAUCUGAAACAGAAAAUUUUAUCCAGACUCCAGAAUUUGAAAUCUCAACUGAGACUACAGUCCCAGUUUCUCAAGAUAAUGACAGUGAGGCAGCUUACCAUUAUGAAGCUUUAGGAAAGACUAGAGAUAAAGAUAAGUUAUUCAGUGGAAUCAGUGAUAGAUACUUUAUUCAAAGACCACUUCUAAAGAUCCUUGGGAACCAUAAUAUAAAACUAGCUCAUCAUACAAACCAAGAUUACAUGGCCAGUGAAAGUGCCUCCCAUGAAUACGGGUCUACUGGAAGAGGUGACAGUAUUAGUGGACACAUCAAAACUUUUCCUCCUCCGAGUAUUAUUGCAAAGAUUGGAUCCAAAUAUAGACCUCCCUGCCAUGGGCCAGAAUGCCAUAAUCAUCACAAAGGAGUGGUUAAGUUUUGGUGGAAGAAAGUUAUCAAACCCAAGACAAAGAAAAAAUAUGGUUAUGGCUAUGGUAAGCUCACAGGUGAGAAAGAACAUGGGGGAGAAUACCUACAAGUUAAAAGCAGUGGAGAAGGUAGAUAUGCAGGUAAACGAGGUGAAAGAAAGAAGUAUAAUAAAGGAAGUAUAGGAUUCAAUGUAAAGGGAGGGAAGCAUAACAAUAAAGGAGGUAGUAGAUAUAAUAGUCAAAGUAUUGGAGUAGGAUUAUAUAAAGGAAAAGGAAGUGGAGAAUAUAGAGGUAACACUAUCGGAUUAGGAUUUUAUGGAGGAAUAGGAAGUGGAGGAUAUGGAAGUGAUACUUAUAGCAAACACGAUAUUGAGGGAAGAGGACAUGGAGGCAAUAAUGUUGGAGGAGUAGGAUAUGGAAGUGAAAAUAAUUUUAGGACAGGGGGGUUUGGAGGCAAUUAUAUAAAUGGAGGACUAUAUAAUGGAAACGGACGUGAAUUAUAUAGUGGCAACAAUAUUGCUGAAGUCGGAUAUAAAGGCAAUGGAAUUGGAGAAGGAACACAUGGAGGAAAAGGUGCAAAAGGAAAUGGUAAUAACAACAUUAUAAAUGGAAAGGGAAAAAGAGAUAAUUAUUCUGGAGGAAGAACAUUAACAGGAAGAUAUAAUGGUAAAAGUAUUGGAGGAGUGGGAUAUGAUAACAAUAAUGUUCGAGGAGGAACACAUGAAGGAAAAGGAACGAGAGGAUAUAGUGGUAACAAUAUCGGAGGAGGAAGAUAUGUAAUCAAAAACUUUGGAAAUAAAAAUGUUGGCGGUGAAGGUAAUGUGGGAAGAGGGGCAAGAGGACAUGGUAGUAACAGCAUUGGAGAAGAAGAAUACGGAGGUAAUAAUUUUGGAGGAGUAUAUCCAGAUAAUAAUAUUGGGGGAGGAACAUAUGAAGGCAAUAAUGUUGGAGGAGGAGCAUAUGGAGGUAAUAGUAUUAGAGGAGGAGCAUAUGGAGGCAAUAAUGUUGGAGGAGGAGCAUAUGGAGGUAAUGAUAUUAGAGGAGGAGCAUAUGGAAAUAAUGUUGGAGGAGGAGCAUAUGGAGGUAAUGAUAUUAGAGGAGGAGCAUAUGGAAAUAAUAAUAUUGGAGGAGGAGCAUAUGGAGAUAAUAAUAUUAGAGGAGGAGCAUAUGGAAAUAAUAAUGUUGGAGGAGGAGCAUAUGAAGGUAAUAAUAUUAGAGGAGGAGCAUAUGGAAAUAAUAAUGUUGGAGGAGGAGCAUAUGGAGAUAAUAACUUUGAAGGGGUUUAGUGGGGGUAAUAAUUUUAGGAGGAGUAUAUCGAGGAAAUAACAUUGGGGGAGGAGCAUAUGAAGGUAAUAAUGUUGGAGGAGAAGCAUAUGGAGGUAAUAAUAUUAGAGGAGGAGCAUAUGGAAGUAAUAAUAUUGGAGGAAGAGGAUAUGGAGGUUACAAUCUUGGAGGGGGAAGAGAAACUGGUGGCUAUAACAGUGCACUUGUGGAUUAUACCGGUCAUAACAUUAGAGAAGGAGGUGAUUACGGUGUUAACAACAUUAGAGAAGGGAGAAAUAGAGAUUUUCAUAGUGGAGGAGCUGCGGAAUAUGGCAAUAAUCAGUUUGGAGGAGCAAGAGGAAUAGGAAGACAUAUUGGAGGAGGAGGUAAAGAACACAAUAGUAACAAUGGAAGAGGAUAUGGCGACAUCAGAAAUGGAAUAAUUCUACUAGGCUAGGAAAAGAAACUUUAAUUGCGAAAAUGACAACCACGUCUGAAAGUUUGUGAUAACUGCACCAUUUUCUGAAACUAACUAUUCCCAGGGACAACCACAUCUGAAAGUUUGUGAUAACUUCACUAUUUUCUGAAACUGACUAUUCCCAGGGACAACCACGUCUGAAAGUUUGUGAUAACUUCACUAUUUUCUGAAACUAACUAUUCCCAGGGACAACCACGUCUGAAAGUUUGUGAUAACUUCACUAUUUUCUGAAACUGACUAUUCCCAAAGUUUCAACCACGUCUGAAAGUUUGUGAUAACUUCACUAUUUUCUGAAACUAACUAUUCCCAGGGACAACCACGUCUGAAAGUUUGUGAUAACUUCACUAUUUUCUGAAACUGACUAUUC